AUGGAUAGGAAUUUGGACUUCUCCGACUACCUCCUGAUGGUGACAAACAACUACCUUCUGACCUUCUUGGAAAAACCACUUUUCGUUCUCAUUAAUGGGUGGCACGGUGAUAUUGCAACACUUGUUGAACCUUUGUUCCCAACUGUCAAUUGGAGGCCCUCCAGAUCCCAGUCGGACAUUAAAACCAUUAGGCACACGAGGAACUCCAUCAUCUCCGACUGGUUGCAAGAAGUAUCCAAAGCUUGUCAUGCUCGCCCUGCCACUGGGAAAAAUUCGGAUUUUCCACUCGAUCCCAUUAGGAAGGGAAAUUCAAAAGUAGAUUUCAAAGAUUUUGGCCGCACCAGAUACCUUGAUAUAUGUCGUGUUUUUUUCUCUAUCGGUCGCUUGCAUGCAAUAACAUUGCUCACAACUCUGAACGCUCGGGAGAAGAUUCGUCAAUCCGAUGACGAUACCGGUACCAAACCUGGUCGGACGUCGCCACUUGUAUUUCGACCGCUAACUACUGGGAAAUCGUCUAUACGUGACGGCGCUAAGGUCGUGAAACAAUGUCAAAGCCUGUCAGUUAUGAGGACGAAGCAUCAGAUGAACAUGCAGCGCGACGGAUUAUCUCACAUGAUUGGCGGUGAAGGCGAUGCAUAUGAAUUGCAGGAUUUACCUACGGGAAAGUAUGAUUCAGCUAUAUAUCUACACUUCCUUCUCAAGCACAGCUUCAAGAUAUAUCUUGAGCAACAGGGGGGUCGAGAAAAGUUGAAGAGAAAAAGGAAUAGUAAGGUUGAGGAAGUCAAAUGA